UGGACUACAGAGUUACUUCCCUUUACAUUGUUGUUACUAUGAGCGGUGAAGCGAUCCGCCAUUGUUAUUGCAAGUUUCGAUACAUACACAACGUUUAUUGCACCUUUCUGUAAAAAUAAAGAACUGACAACAUGCCCAAAACAUGCUGUGCAGUUGGUUGUCAAAACCACAAUAUGAUGUUAAAGUCUUUAUCGUUCCAUAAAUUUCCUAAAGACCAAGAACGCUUUAAUCUGUGGUUGACUGCAUUGAAAAGAGACCGACCAGACGGCACACCUUGGAUUCCUACUAAGAACUCAGUAGUGUGUAAUGCACAUUUUAUUUCUGGAAAACCAUCAAGUGAUCAAACUCACCCAGAUUAUGUUCCAACAUUGUUUAACUACAACACUAAUGUAAGCUCAAAGAAACAGCAACAGCAGAAACUUCAGAGGCAUGCUAAUGCAUUGAAAAGGAAGCAUGAAACAACGCCUAUAGUAAAUCAGGUGUCAGAGUGCAAGAAACUAAUGCUAUCUCCAAAACAGCUAUUUCCAGGAAAUGAGGAAAACAUACAGCCGAUGUAUAUAGCAGAACCAAUUUCUUCUUAUAUAAAUAGGCACGGCUUUAACAAACCAACAGAACAACCUGAGCGUGAAAUGUUCUUCAAAGAAAUUAGCAAUUUACGUGAUGAAAAGGAUAAUAUUUUGAUUGAGAACCAAAGUUUACAUGAUCAACUAGUGAAAUCGCAGUUAAACUCAGCUUGUGUUGAAAACAAUGACCAGAAAUGUAAAUAUUUUACUGGACUCUCUUGGACUGUGUUAAUGAGUGUAAAUACCUACUUGUCUCAAUUCUUGACAAGGACUCCUCUUACUGACACUUUUUCACUAAGAGAUCAAAUGUUUACAACUUUAAUAAAGCUACGGUUAGACAUACCAUUUGAAUUCAUAGCUCAUCACAGAGGUAUUGCAUUAUCAACAAUAAACAAUAUUUUCUGGCGCUGGAUUAAUCUAAUGUAUGCAAAGAUGGACUUCCUUAUUCACUGGCCAGAUCGAGAAACAAUUCAACAGACUACUCCGGGUAUUUUUAAGGCUAAAUUCCCAAGACUCACAUCAAUUGUGGAUUGUUUUGAAAUUUUUAUUGAACGCCCCAAAAACCUACAGGCAAGAGCUAAAGUGUAUUCAAAUUACAAAAAACAUAGCACUGUCAAGUUUUUCAUUGCAUGCAACCCAUUAGGAGUUGUUACUUUCCUAUCAAAUGCAUGGGGUGGUAGAGUGUCGGAUAAUGAACUUGUGCGCUCUUGUGGUUUUAUUGAUCGUAAAUACCAUCACCCAGGUGAUCAAAUUCUGGCAGAUAGGGGCUUCCUUCUUCAAGAUGACUUUGCAACAGAGUGCUCAGCUGAACUACUUAUACCAGCCUUUACGAAAGGAAAAAAACAAUUACCUGCCAAAGAUGUUGAAACUUCACGAAAGCUAGCAAGUGUGAGGAUUCACAUUGAAAGAGUUAUUGGAGUAAUGAAGAAUCGUUAUACCAUUUUGAAAGGGACUUUGAAUAUUGUUUUAGUGAAAUCUUUGAAUGAUGAAGUUGAAGAAUCUUGUUUUACGUCAAUUGACAAAAUUGUCAGAGUGUGUGCAUCCCUAACUAAUCUUGGUGAUGGAAUUGUAUAUUCAGAAAACUGA